CUGUUUUGAUUGGAGGAAAAUAGUUGUCGUUCAUCUAUAGUGAGGUUCGUUCUUGAUUGAUCAAAACUGAGAGAAAUAAAAGGAACCUUUUAUAACUUGUAAUCGUGGAGUCUGGAGAAAAGUGAGUCGGACCACGCGACAUGACGUGUGUACACAAAUCAAUGGAAAGAACGUCUAUUUAAGACACUAAAUCCUGAAGACAAAAUGGCAUUCUUUUACAAGACCUGCACCAUGGCCAGGAUUCCAAUAUGCCGUCAAUGCCGGAGUAAAUACCAAGCGUGGAUUGGAGCGUCACGAGUGAUGACCCAUUCAUCUCAUUUAAUAUGCCAUCGGACUUGUUCUGACUCCGCCCACAAGCCAAGAUUCAACCCAAUCAGCAUUCAGAUGUUAUCUCAGCACCUUCACGAACAAAUCUUCAAGGUUGAUAAAAGAAGGAAACAGAAGACGCCCUCAUCAGACGACAUCGAGAAAAGCAUCGAGCAUCUGAAAGAACAUGGUCUAUGGGGCAAGGACGUGCAAACCCUUCCUGACGUCAACUUCAAACUUCCUAAACUUUACGGCCGGAAUAUUGACGAGCAUUUCCAGAUUCUGGCUAACAAGCAGAGCGAUAAAUACAUGAAGCUGUCGGAGGCGUUGGCUUUUGGAUCGUUACCCACAAUGCCUCAGGAGUGGGCGUUUACGAAAGGUUGGACAAUGUAUGAUGGGAAUGGCGGACGUGUGGACGUUGAUUACCCGUUGGAGGACGCUGUUGUAUUUGACGUAGAAUGCUUGAUGACCGAGGGACUGUUCCCAACAUUAGCUGUUGCUGCUUCAACUGAAGCCUGGUACUCGUGGUGCAGUGAACGUCUCGUCGAAGAACAUCUGACUCUCUCUCCCCGCAUCACACCUGAUAAUCUCAUCCCCAUGGAAACGGCUGCAUCAUUUAGACCAUCUGAAUCAACUCGUUGGAAAGAGCGCCUCAUCAUUGGUCAUAACGUCAGUUUCGAUCGCAGCUUCAUCAAAGAACAGUAUUACCUGAAGGGUACCAAGACUCGUUUCUUGGACACAUUGAGCCUUCACAUGGCAGUGUCUGGACUAACGACAUACCAACGAGCUUUAUGGAUGGCUGAUCGGACCGGCAAAGGAGCCAAGACGCAGUACUUGGCCAAGAAAGCCCUCAAGAAAUCAGCUGGACCACCUUCGACGGAGUGGCUAGGUGCAAGCAGUCCAAACAACCUUGCUGAUGUGUACGCCCUCUAUAGUCGAGAUAAUGAAAGGUUAGACAAGAGCAAACGUGACACAUUUAUCAGCGGCACGAUGGAGGAUGUCCGUAGUGAUUUUCAGGAACUGAUGUCUUACUGUGCUAAAGAUGUAGAAGCAACACAUGUCGUCUUUACUCACCUCCUACCCAAAUUCUAUGAAAGGUUCCCCCAUCCAGUAACCUUUGCAGCUACAUUAGAGAUGGGUCAAGCAUACCUACCCGUCAAUCAUAACUGGGAACGUUAUCUGAGGGAGUCACAAGAAACCUACGAUGAUCUACAACAAGAGAUGAAACUUGCUCUGAUGCACCUAGCUAACGAUGCUUGCCAACUCAUGCAAGAUGACAGUUACAAAGAAGAUCCGUGGCUGUGGGAACUAGACUGGUCAACGGAAGAUUACAAACUCAAGAAAGAAGUCGUCCGCAGAAAACCAAGAGGUAAUUCAAAAGACCUCCGAGAGAAUGAUAGAACUCCAAGCUCGACAUCUCAAGAUGAUGGCAAGAUGAAUCACGAGACGGAGAGACCAGAUGGAGAAGAUGAGAGACGUACAAUGGGAGCAUCUCAAGGAGGCAGUGAGACAAUGGCGGAGGAAGAUGGAUUAACAGAGGAAGAGAGACUAGAGCAGGAAGCGAGAGAGGAACGCUUGAGAGACGUUAUGGAGACAGCUGACCGGAUGCCAAAGAUCAAGCAGCACAUGGUGGGAUAUCCAAUGUGGUAUCGUGAGUUAUGUCCCCGUAAGAUAGAUGAGGACUGGGCGCCAGGUCCUUGUCUCAUCAGCUCUCAAGUCAGGGUAGCGCCUAAGCUACUCCGCUUGACAUGGGAAGGUUAUCCGCUACACUAUGAGGCCAAGCAUGGAUGGGGGUACUUGGUUCCUGGAAGGACAGAGGACACGAUGGGAGAAGAGCUUAAGGAAGAAGAGGGCGGAGAUGAAGAGAACAACAUGAAAGAACAUUUUCCUCUUCAUGCUUUGAAAAGUUUUGUGCAAGACAAGAUUCCUGAGGACAACAUGUCGCUACCAGAGAUGACAUCACAUUUUACAGAAUUGGAUUCCCAAGCCAGCUUGGUCCAAUCGGAGGUUGAAGACUAUUGGACGCAUAGUGAAGAUGAAAGCACGUCUGAUGAGAAUGAUAGAAUACCUUCCCCGAAGCCUGCCGUCAUUCCAGAUCCAAACGGACCAUCCUCGGGUCCUGAACGUCACGGCCAACGACCUCGUACUGAUGUCAAGAUCCCAGGCUGCUGGUUCUAUAGACUACCACAUAAGGAUGGUGGCUCCAACAAAGUUGGUAACCCUUUAGCCAAAGACUUCUUGAAUAAACUUGAAGAUGGUACGCUGGGAUCUGCAGGAGGAGCUCAAGCAACUCGCAUCUUGGAGAUUAAUAAACUCAUCUCAUUCUGGAGAAAUGCAAGCAAGAGAAUCAAUUCACAGAUGGUGGUUGACCUUGAGAAGAACCAUCUUCCUCGUACUGUGACCCGUAACCAUGACUACGAUGAAGAUGGUUUCUAUGGUGCUAUCAUCCCUCGUGUCAUUGCCGCGGGAACAGUGACUCGGAGAGCUGUGGAGCCAACAUGGCUGACUGCAUCUAAUGCCAGGACGGACCGUGUUGGUAGUGAACUGAAGGCCAUGGUACAAGCGCCCCCUGGGUAUCAUCUAGUAGGUGCUGACGUUGAUUCUCAGGAACUAUGGAUUGCUGCUCUGCUUGGAGAUGCAAACUUUGCCGGUUUCCAUGCAUGUACUGCUCUUGGUUGGAUGACAUUACAAGGCAAGAAGAGUGAUGGUACUGAUAUGCACAGUGUGACUGCUUCAACUAUCGGCAUCAGUAGAGAACAUGCUAAGAUCAUCAAUUACGGUCGUAUCUACGGUGCUGGAAGACCGUUCGCUGUUCGCCUGCUGAUGCAGUUUAAUCACAAAAUGAGCUUAGAAGAAGCACGAGAGAAAGCUAACAAGAUGUACGCUGCUACUAAAGGCCUUAGAAUGCAUAAAAUUGAGGAGAAAGCAACUGAAUUCCUCAUCAAACACAAACUUCUUGAUAACGAGGACGACCGCUACAUCUCCACAGCUAAACUGAGACAAAUCAGCAAACACAUCAAACCAGGCAAGCGAAGUUUACUGACGAACGGUAAAGAAUGGACUAAGGGAAGCGAGUCAGCUAUGUUCAAUCAACUCGAGAGCAUCGCUCACGCUGAUCAUCCCAAAACACCUGUCCUCAAAUCAUCAAUCAGCCGAGCAUUGGAGCCCAAACGAGUCAACAAUGAGUUCCUAACCAGCCGUGUCAACUGGGUAGUGCAGAGCUCCGCAGUUGACUAUCUUCAUCUCAUGCUUGUAUGCAUGCGCUGGCUGUUUGAACAAUAUCACAUCGAUGGCCGCUUCUGCAUCAGCAUACAUGAUGAAGUACGCUACUUGGUCACCAGUGAAGAUAGGUACCGGGCAGCGUUAGCGUUGCAGAUCACCAACCUACUGACGAGAUGUAUGUUUGCUUAUAAAAUGGGGAUGGCUGACUUACCUCAGUCUGUAGCUUUCUUCAGUGCGGUGGAUAUCGACACUGUCUUACGGAAAGAAGUCACCAUGGAUUGCCAGACACCGUCUAACCCGUAUGGACUACAGAGGGGCUACGGGAUACCCGCAGGAGAAGCUUUGGAUGUGUACCAUAUUUUGGAGAAAUCAAACAACGGAUGUUUGACUAAAAGCAGCAGCACUGGCAGCAGCAACAGCAGCAGCAGCAGCAGCAGCCUUAAAACUGCAGCAAAGUCAUCUCAAUAACGUAAUAACUUCAUAGUUUGUCAGAAAUAGUGGUGUGCAUUUCCAACUGGGUUCCCUAUUGGACACGGCUACCCGUUAAAGAAACCUGACCUCAAAAUUCAAAUCCCAGAAUUUGUCGGAAGGGCGUACAUUUUACGCUGUAAACUGCAUCUUUUGCAAGCAUCUUCUGUUGCACAUUAAAAUGCACAUAAUGUGAAAUCUGUUUUGAUUUUCACGAAACUCAUCUUAUCUUGCGACUCAUCUUGGGACUUAAGACGAGUCCCCACUCUAAAAUCGAUCUUAGCUAAGACGCGUCCUAAGACCGAUUUCAUUAAACCCAUCUUAAGCAAGACGCAUCAAAGCUACCAAUUUGAUGGCUGUUUCAUGUUUGUUUCUACCGCUUGACGAAACAGUUGUUGAAAAGAAACGCCAAAACCAACUUCCUGAAUGCGUGCUACUGAUCUCUAUAUACUGACUGGGUAGCGCUUCGACCAAUGCGUGUACACAAGACCGUGACGCUCUUGCACACACGCGGCGGCCAUUUUGAAACUCCCUCAAAAGCCCACAUUAACACACGGAUCCGUAUAUAAAAAGUACAGAAUAACAAUAGUUUAGGAAGCAAUUUUGGAUCAUCGAACACGUUUUUAUAUAUUCAUUUUGCCCACAGUGUUAUUUUACUCAUGUUAAUAUUUGUUAACAUAUAUAAUUUUAUUUCGUGACUUUGAAUAUAUUUUUACGUGGCCAAAGGGAGUGUCAAAAUGGCAUCCAGUGACUUCACCCCCACGGCCCGAAGUGCUAUCCAGUCAGUAUAGAGAUCAGUGAUGCGUGCAAAGAACACAGACUUUCGCCAGAGAAUAUUACUCUACUCAAUAAAUUUCACAUGCAAGGAAGUUCUACACAAGAUACGAUAGAGUCAUUCUUGCUCCCCAUUGCAUCGCUCUAUUAAAAAAAUCUACUAGGUGUUGGCGUAUAAGUAAUUUGUGUAUAUAAGCUAUUUUUAUUGAAAUUACCUUCAUAUCAAAAAUCUUUUUAAAUCUGUUUCUACAACAGUUUUCUUCCUCGACACUAUAACUAUAGGCCGACACUCAACUUGAAAGACAAUGAUUUCCAGACGAUAUACAAAUUAACGCAUGCAUUAAUGAGAAAAGACGGCCCUCAGUUAAGUUAAGACAAGUUCAGCUGCGUUGCCAAGAAAUUUAGGACGUGUUGAACGCGUCUUAAGUUUGGUGAAAUCGAUCCUAGGACGAGUCGUGAGUUAAGACAAGUUUACCCUUCCUAAGGUUUUCUGGUUUUCAUUUUGAAAAUUCCCCACAAAUGCAAUCAAAACCUAGGAUGUGUUGAACGCGUCUUAAGUUUGGUGAAAUCGAUCCUAGGACAAGUCGUGAGUUAAGACAAGUUUACCCUUCCUAAGGUUUUCUGGUUUUCAUUUUCAAAAUUCCCCACAAAUGCAAUCAAAACCUAGGAUGUGUUGAACGCGUCUUAAGUUUGGUGAAAUCGAUCCUAGGACGAGUCGUGAGUUAAGACGAGUUACCCUUGCUAAGGUUUUCUGGUUUUCAUUUUGAAAAUUCCCCACAAAUGCAAUCAAAACCUAGGAUGUGUUGAAUGCGUCUUAAGUUUGGUGAAAUCUAUCCUAGGACAAGUCGUGAGUUAAGACAAGUUUACCCUUCCUAAGGUUUUCUGGUUUUCAUUUUGAAAAUUCCCCACAAAUGCAAUCAAAACCUUUGUGUUUCAUUGUCGGGCACUCGGGUACCCACACUCGGUCAGAAAUAUCAAAAACUUGCUCUAAUGUAAUCAGGUAUUUCCCUGAAGGACGUUUGGGUUUAUAGGGGUGGCAUAAAAAAAGUGAACUGAACUUUGUCUAACCUCUGGUAACUAGGACAUCCAAAUAUGAGGUUUUUUUUUGUUAUUUUCAACAAUCAAAAUUUGUUAGUGUAUAACAAACUCUUUAAUAUGCAGCUAAUCUUUGUAAUUAUAAAAAGAACAAAUGUAUAUACAUGUAAAGUAUACACACAAAAAACAAAUUUAUUUUUCCAUGCUUUUUAGAAAUUGUUAUUUUCCCCAUAAUGAAAAUAAAGACUAACAUAAUCAUGUAAACUCUAUUUUUGAAUGGAAGCUCAGUUCUUAAGUCAUGCAAAUCAAUGAAUUAAAAUUUGUAAAUCUAUACUUAGGUCCAUUACAAGGAAAUUCUUAUUUCUUAGGUAAAAACUUUGCAACUUUGGACAUAACUGUAACAACUAUCACGGAAAAAGAAAAACCUUAUUUGUUUUUGAUAAUUAGGUAGUCUACAAACUGGAUAAAUGAAGCUAUCAUCUACCAUAUCAGCAAGAAAAAGGAAGACACUUUAAAAAAACACCUCACAUUUCUGCUUCGUAGUUUGUCAAACCGUUAAACCGAGAUGAAUAUACCGGUAUCUCGUUUUUCACAAAUAUUACAGAGAUACUAAACUUUGUUUUAACAAUUUCUGUUACACUUUAAUACAAAUAACAGAAUUACCUAAUUUGGUUCUUCAAUCAGACGAUAACUUUCGAUAUUGUAUUAUAAAGCACUUGCAUUGUUAUCUUCAGGAAGAUAUAUACAGGGUGGAUAAAAAAA